UGAUGGAGCACACGGAGAGCGAGGCCGAGGCGAAGUGACACGGCGGGACAUUCAUGUUAAAACGUGAACUGACAGUAGGAGCUGAAAAUUUCCCCUCGAAAAGAAGCGUUUUAAUGUCACCGUGACUAUAAAACAUGUCCGCAACAUAAAUGUUUGUUGUUCUGCGUCAUAAAAAUGUCCAGGAUCUGAAACAAGGUAGUCACCAUUUCAAAGAUGGAAUCCCUCUCCCCAAAUACUGAGGUUCGCCUGGCAAUAGCCCAGUGUUUCCGGACCCUCACUACAUCCACAGAUACCAAAGACAUUAUCUCCGCUCUUCAAACACUCCACUCUUAUUUGGAUGACAGACCAGAGAGUAGAACCACGUCAGUUCAGCGGGCAGAGUUCAGGAGAGCUCACUUCACCCGCACCCUUCAGUUCCUUGUCAGCAACAUCCAGGCUGACUGGUUGGCGAGCCUCACAGCAGCCCAGCGCACAGAGUUAUGGGAUGGCCUGUUCCUCAAAGGCCCUCCAGAGCAGGCGCUGCUGGUGCUGAUGGAGGGAAUAGGAGAGCUGAGAGUGAGCACAAACCUGAACCACUUGGUCAGCAUCACUGUGAAGUUCCUUCAGAGCGGUCGACUCGCCGACCUGCUGUGGUCCUACUGUCUGGAGACAGGUCCCUCUGACUCCCCGCAGCUCAGAGAGACUCUGCUGGGACGUAUUGUGGCGCUGCCGGACCUCACCGCCAACAGGUUACAUCUGAACAACAAGCCCCUUUUUCUCCCUCAGCAGUACUACCCACUGCUGGCAGCAGAGAUGCUCACUGCUCUGGGGCGGACCUGCCAAGCGCUCAAAGAAGGCACAGACUGCUCCCUGACUUUCAUGGCUCAGACACUUGGAAAAGUGUGUAUCCAGGGUCACAGUGGUUUGGUGAUGGCAGUGAUGGCUCCUCGGCUGUCUGCGUGCACACGCUCAGACAUGGUGUGGCAGAGGGUUUGCUGGAAGCUGCUGGAGAACGUUCCCCAGCGAUGGAUGGAGAGCGUGCUCACUGCACUGGUGCAGGCUGUCGCUGGGCCUGAUGCCCUGGGCAGGAUCAUUGGGAAUCUAGUGUUAAGAAAUAAAAAGGCCCAGUUUGUCAUCACUCAUAAACUGCUGUUACUGCAGUACAAAUAUGAGACUCGAGUCUUGAGAAUUGUGCUGGGUUACCUUGCAGCAGACCGGGAGCGAAGGCCACUGCUCAUCCAGGUGUUACGGUCUGUGUCCCAGGCCUGGGCUAACCCCAGUGCAGUGAAGCACACACCUCUAGAGCAGCAGCUGUACGUCAGCAAGGCCUUACUGCUGAGUGUGAGUCUGCUUAAAGACUCUGAGCUACAGGAGCUACGCUCAGAGUUACUUCAGUGUAUGCUGGGUGGCAUGCAGAGCCACCUGGACAGCAGCGUGGUACGCAUCAGGCGUAUGGGCAUGGUGGUGGGAGAGUGCCUGAGCGCUCGCAUGGAUAUAAAUAAGACAAAGCUCAAGUUUGAGUACGAUCAGGACGAUGAAACUCAAGAGCUGCUUUCUCUGAUGACUCCUAUUACUGGUGAUGAACCAGAGGCCGAGCCUGAGAACAGAGUGGACUCUCCUCAAGAGACCAAAGAAACAGCUCCAUCUGCUGCGAAUGUAUCAUCUCAGAAUGAGUCAAAAACUGACCCAGACUCCGACCUGGACAGCGACGAUGAGCUCACUCCAUACGAUAUGUCUGAUGAUCACGAAAUGAGUAAAGCAUCCCCACCUCGCUACCUGCGAGACUGUCUUGAAACUUUAAGUUCCUCAGAGGACUCUGUGCGUGUGGAGCUCAGUUUGAGAGCAGCGGAAGGUUUGGUGAGGAAGAACGUCUUCGCAACCAGAGAGAUCAGUGUCCAGCUGACCAAAGUGCUUCUUCACAUGGAGAAUAAAUACAGCAUAACUGGCUUCCUGAGUCUCAGACAGGCAACCAUGGUGGCACUCACCGUCACUGACUGUAUCCCUGUGACUCAGUAUCUGACCACAGAGUUCUACUCCUUGAACUACAGUCUGCGCCAGCGGCUCGAUAUCUUGGAGGUCCUCGCUCUGGCAGCUCAGGAGCUCUCUAAGCCAGUGUCUGAAAAGAGAAAUCCAUCUGUGGGUGUUGCUGCCAGCACUGAUCUGACUCCAUACCCUGGUGACAACCCUGUUCACUGGCGACAAGUGGUAGAGAAGCGAAUUCAAAGCAAGACAAAACGUUUCAGUAAGGGUGCCACACAACCUCCAGCGAAGGCCACACCGAACCGUUACGCCCCUGUUGCUGGACACUUUUUUUUUCCUCUGCUCAGUAAUUAUGACAAACCUCAGGUGACCUUUGAUCUGUUGGGCGGCGACCAUCUUGUACUGGGCCGGUUGAUCCACACCUUGGGCCUCCUCAUGCAUCUAGCAGUCAAUGCACCGAUAGCUGCACAGAUGGGUCGGGCUUUGCUGGACUUUGUGUGGGCGGUGCGCUACCAUGUUGACCAGAUGGUGAGACGAGGCGUCCUCUUCGCUGUUUGCUCGGUGUUUCUGAGCAUGCCCAGUCAAAACCUGCUGCUGGACCUCAGUGAUCAGCUGUUUGAGACCAGAACAUGGCUGGCAGAUGUGGCUGAAGGAGACCCUGAUGCAGAUUGCCGGAGUCUGGCUGUACAGAGUCUGGUGCUGCUGGAUAAGAGCCUGAAGAAACAGCUACAAGAUCAACAAGCACUGAGCACGGAGUCAUGAUGAUCACAGCAUCCACACUGAACAAUGAAACACUGAACGUGUCUCAGAUGUGGGGGUGGGCUCUACUGUACCUCCGCCUCGUCCUCACGGAGCCUGGAGGAUUGAGGUCGAUGGAAGUGAUGCUCCGGAUAUUUGCUGACACGUUUUCAUAUCCUGGAACACACACACAGCCGUCCAGCGGAAAAGGAGGGCACACGUCUUCUCACGUGUUUGUGAAUGUCUCUCUGCAUACUUAAAUCAUGCACUCACACGCACAUUGCAACAGCCUGUAUUGUUUAGAUGAAAAUGUAUAUAAUUUAUGAACAACAUAAAAUAUUGAUUGAAUGGAGAAUAGGAUGCCAUUUUUGUCCACCAAUAAAAAGCAGGUUAUGAGGAUAUCCUUCUCGACCUCUUUCCUGUACUGGCACA